UUUUAACGCAAACGCAAACAAUGGUAUAAAAACCAGUAAGGGCUGUAGCAGCUGUCAGUGACCACAACGUCCAACAGCGCUAGCACAAGUCCUUCGUCUUGUUUCACUGAAAUCUGACCCGAAAGCCACCAAAAGCCCGACGUUAACUCUUAUGGUCUCUAAGUAAAUGGCAACAGCCAGCCUAACAAGGACUCUUUUGGGUUAUCGCCUGAUUCACUCUUCCUGCUCUCUCUCUCACAAGCCCCGACUUUUGACAUCCCUCUUCAAUAAGAGACCAUUUCACUUUCAAGCCGUGCCCACCUAUACAGCAUAUAGAACAUCACCUCGGAUUCCUUGUGUUAUGGCUUCCUCAGUGGCUGGGAGAAGAGCUCAUUUUUCAACACAAUCAUUAUCUACAAAUGAGCCUGUUGUUUCCGUUGAUUGGCUCCUUGCUAACCUCAAGGAGCCUGAUCUCAAGGUGUUGGAUGCAUCCUGGUACAUGCCAGAUGAGCAGAGGAAUCCAAUUCAAGAGUACCAGGUUGCUCAUAUUCCUGGUGCCCUUUUCUUCGACGUAGAUGGGAUAACAGACCGAACUACAAAUUUGCCUCACAUGUUGCCAUCCGAGGAUGCUUUUGCUGCUGCUGUUUCUGCUCUUGGCAUCGAGAACAAAGAUGGGUUGGUUGUUUAUGAUGGGAAGGGGCUUUUUAGUGCCGCUCGAGUCUGGUGGAUGUUCCGAGUAUUUGGGCAUGACAGAGUUUGGGUGUUAGAUGGAGGCCUGCCACGAUGGCGUGCAUCUGGAUACGAUGUUGAAUCUAGUGCUUCUAGUGAUGCUAUUGUGAAAGCUAGUGCUGCCAGUGAGGCGAUAGAGAAAGUUUAUCAGGGACAGGCGAUUGGGCCAAUUACAUUUCACACAAAAUUUCAGCCACAUCUUGUCUGGACCCUUGAGCAGGUUAAAAAGAACAUCGAGGAAAGGACUCACCAACACUUAGAUGCCCGGUCAAAGGCCAGGUUUGAUGGAUCUGCAGCAGAGCCUCGAAAGGGGAUAAGAAGUGGUCAUGUACCUGGCAGCAAGUGUAUUCCUUUUGCCCAGGUGUUGGAUGCUUCCCAGACACUCUUACCUGCAGAUGAGCUAAAGAGACGAUUUGAUCAAGAAGGCAUCUCUUUGGAAAGCCCUGUUGUAACUUCAUGUGGCACAGGAGUAACUGCAUGCGUCAUUGCAUUGGGCCUACACCGACUUGGUCGGUCUGAUGUUGCUGUCUAUGAUGGAUCUUGGACUGAAUGGGGGGCACAUUCUGAGACACCUGUUGACAGUUCCUAAAUGCCUAUGACAAUAUUGGAAGCUUACCAGAAGCAUGAGCUUCAUGAGGUCUGUCACACUCAUAUUGUGACCAAGGAGGUUGUAUCUAAAACAGUUGUUUGGGAAACCAAUGUGACACGCAAGACUGAAAUAAUUGAAUUACAUUAGUUUUUAAGUUAUUCCACUUUUCUGGUUGAUGAAUUUCAUGUCAACCAAGUGUUAUUGA